CCCACAAUCCACCAGGUGGCGCAUGCGCAUGGUAAAAACCAAAAGCGUGGUCGCCAUAUUGGAUUUCAACGCCCUCAAGUGUCGAGAUAAAAAAGGUGGAUACCACCAAAGAAGUAGAUGAUUACUGACGGGCAUUUACCAGCUACAAAAUACAGCAAACAUUGACACCUUUUGGUAAAGGGUGUUCACAUCAUGGAUCCUGCUGCCUCAGACAGCCAAACAGCCCAGCAGGGCCAAACAAACCUGAGUGACAUUCAAAACUACCUAGCCAGCUUCAACAAAGAGAUAUCAGACCACACAGGCCAGUCUUUUACUCAGAGCAGUGGGAACACAGCAGGGUUCUCUGUCCAAAACUUCCAGGGCACUGGAUUCAACCAGUCCCAGCAAUUCCCUACAGAGGUCAAUGUUAGUUAUUUCCAGGGGCAACAAGGGGGUUUCGCCCAGGGCACACAGUUUCAACAAGCAGGCGGAGAUUUCCAAGGGUUCACUAGCUAUGACUUCCAGUCUGCUGCAGGGGCUGCUGGGAACUCAGCAGGGGGUCCAAUGCAAGGUCAAGGUCAGGGUGGACCACAGAUAGUCCAGGUGUCAGGGGAGGCUGGGGCAGGAGGUCAGGGGGUGGUCACUGUCCCAGUUUCACAACAGCCAGGGGCCAGUGGGAGCUCGCCACUUUUGGGCACUGCUCAACAAGCACAAAAUAUAGUGACUGGUCAAACUUUGGGACAGUCCCAAGGAGACAACUUGGUGUCGGAUUCUGUUGUCCAGGCUCUGGCGUCUGUGGCAGCCAAUGCCAUACAAGUUCCAGGUGAAAUGGGGAAUACAAAUUCCAGUGUUACUCCCCAGCUUGUGGCUAUACAGAACACGGCUAAUGCCUCUCAGCCACAGAUCAUUCCAGUGUCGGGUGCCCCUGGCGGAGACAACACCAGUCUUAACGCCCCGCAGGCAGGGUCCCUGCAGAUGUUAGCCGAUGUGACAUCUGGACAACACAGCCAACCCGCUGCUGCCACCAAUGUCACACCUGUCACCUCCAGUGCUCAGCAGGCUAAUGCCAAUUCUGUCAUGCUGAACACAGGGAAUGCCUACCAGACCGUCACCAUUGUCCCCUCUGAGAACAACCAGGGCGGUGAGAUCAGUUAUGUGUUGAUAGUGUCCCAGCCAGGGGAGGAGAACAAGGACAUGUCCGUCUACGACUUCAAGGAGGACAAAGGCGGGGAGAUCCAGGAGGAGGAGAGCGAAGACCUAGGUGACGGGAUGAGGAAGAUCAAGAUUUUACCCAAGAAACCGGGGCAGCAGUCCACCAGCGUGCUGAUGUGCAACUACUGUAACUACACCAGUCCCAAGCGUUAUCUUCUCACGCGGCACAUGCGCUCACACUCCGAGGAGCGUCCGCACAAGUGCAGCAUCUGUGAGAGGGGAUUCAAAACCAUAGCAUCCUUGCAGAACCACAUCAAUACCCACACUGGAGUGAGACCGCACAAGUGUAAAGAAUGCGACGCAGCCUUUACUACUUCUGGCGAACUGGUCCGCCACGUGCGCUACAGGCAUUCGUUUAUCAAGCCACACAAAUGUCCAGAAUGUGACUAUGCAAGUGUUGAGUUGAGCAAGCUGAAGCGGCACAUCCGCUCACACACUGGAGAGAGACCGUAUCAGUGCCCCCACUGCACAUAUGCCAGCCCAGACACCUACAAACUGAAGCGCCAUCUACGUAUCCACACUGGAGAAAAGCCAUACGAGUGCGACAUAUGUCAUGCUCGGUUCACCCAGAGCAACAGUCUUAAGGCCCAUCGUCUAAUUCACUCUGGUAGCAAGCCUAUCUAUCAAUGUGAACUGUGUCCCACAACAUGUGGGCGGAAGACCGAUCUGAAAAUACAUGUGCAGAAACUCCACACCAGCGACAAGCCUCUGCCCUGCAAAAAGUGCCCAAAGUCGUUCCCAGACCGUUACUCCUAUAAGCUGCACAUGAAGACCCACGAUGGAGAGAAGUGUUUCAAGUGCGAUUUCUGUCCCUAUGCAGCUCUGUCACAGAGGUUCCUGGAGACUCACAUGCUGACUCACACAGGUGAGAAACCAUUCGAGUGCGAUGAAUGUGACCAGUCAUUCCGACAGAAGCAGCUGUUGCGUCGCCACAAAAACCUCUACCACACUCCUGGCUACCAGCCGCCGCCGAAGAAAGAUCUUAUACAUGAUUGUCCUGAAUGCCCCAAGGCUUUUGCUCACAAAGGUAACCUAAUGCGACACAUGGUCCAACAUGACCCCAACAACCCCGACUACCAGCAGGCCGCUGCUGAUGCUGACGCCAACCCAGAUGACGAUGAGGAGGAGGAAGAUAUCUCUGUGGAUACCCAGCAGAUAGUCCAGGCCGUGGUUGAGGCCUACCAUGAGGGGGUACAGUCAGGAGCCAUACAUACAGACGAUGAGGACGAUUCUGCCCUUCCCCAGCAACAGUUAGACUUCCAGCAGACAUCUCAUCAGUUUGGUCGCCACCCAAACAAAAGAGGGCGCCCCAGGAAACACUCUGACCUCCAGAUGGAGCUGCAGGACUCUGACGGCCAGGGAGGCCAACAGGUCAUCCUGCUGCAGAUCGACUCUGGUCAUGUGAUCCAGAUGCAACCAGAGCAAGUCCAACAGCUGCGGCUGGCAGACGUUGGCCUGAAUCAGCACAGCCUGGAGGAGACAGAGACAGAGGAGGAGGAAGGGGAACCCCAGGCUUUAGACGCUGCCACUCCUGUGACCUCACCACAGAAAGAUGGAGAUCUGACUGUGACCCCUACCAGACGUAGUACACGUAGGAGCAGCAGUAGGCGGGGUACUGAGGGGGAGGGAGAGAUCUCAGAGGAAGUGUCACCUGAGGUGGACACACCCACCAGACAGACCAGGAGUACCAGGAAGAGGACUGCCUCUGGGACACCUGAGGAGGUGGGGACACCUGCCAAGAGACAAGCUGGUCCCCAGGGGACACCCAGGAGAGGGCGGGGCAAGGGGGACAACCCAGGUGAGGAUGAAAAGAAACGUGAAGAACAGAAGAAGAAGGACAUUGAGACGUGUUUUGGAUUUGACAUAGAGGGCGGAAACCAAGACAAUCCACAGCAAUAGCUACCCAUUGCCUCUCCCUAGUGAACAUUGACAUUAUUAAGAAAAAGAAUUUAAAACUGUGAGAGAGACAGUUUAUAUUGAUAGAAUGUUCAUACAAAAAUAUUGAUACUUUUGAAAGAAGGAUGUGGGAAUCAAGCUUUCAUGAUGAUAUGACAGUCAUCUGAAUGUGAAAGUUAUCAUUUUUAUUGUUAAAAAAGACAAAUUUAAAUUACUGAGACUCGGUGAAAGAAAUAGUUCAGAUUUUGAAUUUCUUUCAUUGUAGCCUGAAGGCAGAAUCGUGACAUUGUCAUCAAGACAGACCUGAAACUUUUAUUUCACAGAAAAUAUUUUCACCUAGAAACAACAUCAAUAAAUUCAAAUAGGUACAAAUGUUACAAACAGUGCCCCCAUUCAAUGACAGUGGGGAAAGGAUAAAACGUGCAGUUUGAUGUGAAAUAUUAUAAAAGACAGUGGAACCUUCCAGAAAUAGAUUGAGGAUAAUGCAACCAUAUACUUUGUACAGAUUAGACAUUAUCAAUGUGUGUAUAAAAGCAGUAUAUUAUAUUGUAUAUGUUAUGUGCCACUGCAGUAUUAGUGUUAGAAUUCCAUGUAAAUAUUGCCGUCAUGUUACACGUUUAUAUGGGGAGGAAUUGUUAAAAUGCUAGGGCCCAUCCCAGAGGCGUUACCAGACCCCUGUGGCUACAUAACAACUUCUGCUGGAAUUGUUUCAUUGAGCAGUGGAAUAUGAAGUCUCAUCAGUGGAACUCUAAGCGAGAUUUUAGGAUUUUAUUAUCCAACAUUGGGAAUAUGGAAUUAUGAAUAACAGUGGUAUAGUGUUGCCAUGGCAACAUCCAGUAAUGACGUAGGUGUUCUUUUCACAUCGAACUAGACCAGUAAAUAUACCGCUUGGUGUGAAAAUGGUCCUAGAAAGACCGUCACCAGCUUGUCUGCAUUGAUGACAAUAUUCAGCUUAUAAUUUUGGAUUUGAAUUAUAUAACAUUUGCUUUAUUUGUCCAUUCAUUCCUCGCAUCUUUUCCAUAAAGCAUAUACACAUGCACUUGGCUAUGGAGAGUCUUGAGUGCUGGAAGCUUGCAAGAGAUAAGAGCAAUUAGAUGGCUAUCCAAAGAUUUACAAGUUGUAGAGAUCAUUAGAGUAGAUUUGUGAAAGGAAAAACUGCUGAAAAAUACUGGCCUUAUGCGAAUUUUGUAAUUAAACAAGAAAUACUUGGAAGUACCAGGGUGAAUAAGAAAGGCUGCAGACGUGCUCUGAAUCUCUGUUGUGCUUGACAUUGAAAAGAAUAAAUUAAUAAAACAAGUUGAAUGAUGAAA